AUGAGCGCCCAAAAGUCUGUCGAGAUUGCAAAGUCACUGCCGCCGCGGUUACUGCGCUUCUUCCAAAAGUACCCGCCGCCAUCGCUCUUUCCCAGUCUCUCCUCUCAACUCGCAUCGCCGACUUCACACUCAACCCCAGACACAAUAUCGACAACCCCACCAACCGACCCCAAUGCCUCCAUGACCGAGGCGUCGGCGCCGGAGGUCACACCCAGACCCUCAAAUGCGCCCUCGAGUUCAAAUAUACCGCCAGAAGCGCACGAUCUGCCGUACCCAAAUCCAUUUCUCCCACAUAAGAACUUCGCAACCGGACGGUGGCACUCCCCCGCUUACGGUCUACGGAAGCAAGCCGACCUCGUAAAGCUCGCAUCAGAACAUGGCGUCGUUGAUCUCCUCCCCUGGACCAUCAAGAAGCCAGGCGAGAAGGAAAGGCGGAGGGUAGAAAGAGGACUGCAAGUUAAGGGCACAGGCGAGGGACAGAAGGUCAAGGGAAAGCUCUGGGAGCGAACAUUGAAGGGACGUCUAGAGAUGAGGAGGCAAGCUAUGCUGAACAUGCCCGCUUUGAUCCAGGAAUGGAAGCAGAGGGGACAUGGAAGAGGUUGGAAGAAGUGGCCGAGUGGAAAGGCGAAAUAG